AUGGACAGAGGGCAGUCAGGGUUUAAGGCAGGUGGGAUUUGCUCUUUCAAUACAAACAAAUUUCAGCAUGGCGACUUACAACAAUGUGAGAUCUUCAGAGAUGUUGUCCUUGAAGAUGAAGAGGUUCCGAAUGCAACAAAUGGAAAUGAAGUGCUGGCAUCUACAAACGAGCCCCAUAUCCCCAACAGGAGUCAAGAACAGAUUCCUGGAUCUCCAGCAGAAGAUGUUCCACUUCUAGUAGGCCUAGAAGAGGUCACAACAUCAACUAAGAGGGCAUGUGUUAAGCACGAAAGAAAAUCUGAUGGUGAUGGUGAUUCAUCAGAGUCACAUAGAAAGCGAAGAAGAAGUGAUAAUGCAGCAGAAUUUUCUUCUGUGUCUGGCUCCCCUGGUAGUUGUUCAGCUGCUGCACCUGCUGUUGAUAAUAUUGCUGCUGGUGUUAGAGCUGGGUCUGCAAUUGGUAGAGAUGUUACUGCGUUCAUUGUGCCUGAAUAUUGGAGACACCUAGUUCCUUCUUUUGUUGAUGAUGUUGGGACUCCCAUGACUGCCCUCACCAGCACCACCAGAAUCAGCCUCAGCCAGAGGCUGGCUGAAAUAAUAUACUUGUGGAACGUAGAAAUUGACAAAAAAGGAAUCCUCUGUGAAGCAUGCUGUACACAAAUCAAUGAGGUAGAUGAAAAGGAAAUGUGGGUCAAGCAGCUCCAGAAAUUAAUUAUACUCCGUGUGCUCCCCAGGGACCCUGAUUAUGCCAGUGCACAACCACAGCAGCUACGGACACCGGAGGCUGGACCCAGUACUGAAGACAUACGUGCAGCGAAGUCACCUGAAAGCGCACAACCACAGCACCUACGGACACCGGAGGCUGGACCCAGUACUGAAGACAUACGUGCAGCGAAGUCACCUGCCAGUGCACUACCACAGCAGCUACGGACACCGGAGGCUGGACCCAGUACUGAAGACAUACGUGCAGCGAAGUCACCUGCCAGUGCACAACCCCAGCAGCUACGGACACCGGAGGCUGGACCCAGUACUGACGACAUACGUGCAGCGAAGUCACCUGCCAGUGCACAACCACAGCAGCUACGGACACCGGAGGCUGGACCCAGUACUGAAGACAUACGUGCAGCGAAGUCACCUGCCAGUGCACAACCACAGCAGCUACGGACACCGGAGGCUGGACCCAGUACUGAAGACAUACAUGCAGCGAAGUCACUUGCCAGUGCACAACCACAGCAGCUACGGACACCGGAGGCUGGACCCAGUACUGAAGACAUACCGUCAGCGAAGUCACCUGCCAGUGCACAACCACAGCAGGUACGGACACCGGAGGCUGGACCCAGUACUGAAGACAUACGUGCAGCGAAGUCACCUGCCAGUGCACAACCACAGCAGGUACGGACACCGGAGGCUGGACCCAGUACUGAAGACAUACGUGCAGCGAAGUCACCUGCCAGUGCACAACCACAGCAGGUACGGACACCGGAGGCUGGACCCAGUACUGAAGACAUACGUGCAGCGAAGUCACCUGCCAGUGCACAACCACAGCAGGUACGGACACCGGAGGCUGCACCCAGUACUGAAGACAUACGUGCAGCGAAGUCACCUGCCAGUGCACAACCACAGCAGGUACGGACACCGGAGGCUGGACCCAGUACUGAAGACAUACGUGCAGCGAAGUCACCUGCCAGUGCACUACCACAGCAGCUACGGACACCGGAGGCUGGACCCAGUACUGAAGACAUACGUGCAGCGAAGUCACCUGCCAGUGCACAACCCCAGCAGCUAUGGACACCGGAGGCUGGACCCAGUACUGACGACAUACGUGCAGCGAAGUCACCUGCCAGUGCACAACCACAGCAGCUACGGACACCGGAGGCUGGACCCAGUACUGAAGACAUACGUGCAGCGAAGUCACCUGCCAGUGCACAACCACAGCAGCUACGGACACCGGAGGCUGGACCCAGUACUGAAGACAUACAUGCAGCGAAGUCACUUGCCAGUGCACAACCACAGCAGCUACGGACACCGGAGGCUGGACCCAGUACUGAAGACAUACCGUCAGCGAAGUCACCUGCCAGUGCACAACCACAGCAGGUACGGACACCGGAGGCUGGACCCAGUACUGAAGACAUACGUGCAGCGAAGUCACCUGCCAGUGCACAACCACAGCAGGUACGGACACCGGAGGCUGGACCCAGUACUGAAGACAUACGUGCAGCGAAGUCACCUGCCAGUGCACAACCACAGCAGGUACGGACACCGGAGGCUGGACCCAGUACUGAAGACAUACGUGCAGCGAAGUCACCUGCCAGUGCACAACCACAGCAGGUACGGACACCGGAGGCUGGACCCAGUACUGAAGACAUACGUGCAGCGAAGUCACCUGCCAGUGCACAACCACAGCAGGUACGGACACCGGAGGCUGGACCCAGUACUGAAGACAUACGUGCAGCGAAGUCACCUGCCAGUGCACAACCACAGCAGGUACGGACACCGGAGGCUGGACCCAGUACUGAAGACAUACGUGCAGCGAAGUCACCUGCCAGUGCACAACCACAGCAGCUACGGACACCGGAGGCUGGACCCAGUACUGAAGACAUACGUGCAGCGAAGUCACCUGCCAGUGCACAACCACAGCAGGUACGGACACCGGAGGCUGGACCCAGUACUGAAGACAUACGUGCAGCGAAGUCACCUGCCAGUGCACAACCACAGGAGGUACGGACACCGGAGGCUGGACCCAGUACUGAAGACAUACGUGCAGCGAAGUCACCUGCCAGUGCACAACCACAGCAGCUACGGACACCAGAGGCUGGACCCAGUACUGAAGACAUACGUGCAGCGAAGUCACCUGCCAGUGCACAACCACAGCAGCUACGGACACCGGAGGCUGGACCCAGUACUGAAGACAUACGUGCAGCGAAGUCACCUGCCAGUGCACAACCACAGCAGGUACGGACACCGGAGGCUGGACCCAGUACUGAAGACAUACGUGCAGCGAAGUCACCUGCCAGUGCACAACCACAGGAGGUACGGACACCGGAGGCUGGACCCAGUACUGAAGACAUACGUGCAGCGAAGUCACCUGCCAGUGCACAACCACAGCAGGUACGGACACCGGAGGCUGGACCCAGUACUGAAGACAUACGUGCAGCGAAGUCACCUGCCAGUGCACAACCACAGCAGGUACGGACACCGGAGGCUGGACCCAGUACUGAAGACAUACGUGCAGCGAAGUCACCUGCUAGUGCACAACCACAGCAGCUACGGACACCGGAGGCUGGAGCCAGUACUGAAGACAUACGUGCAGCGAAGUCACCUGCCAGUGCACAACCACAGCAGCUACGGACACCAGAGGCUGGACCCAGUACUGAAGACAUACGUGCAGCAAAGUCACCUGCCAGUGCACAACCACAGCAGCUACGGACACCGGAGGCUGGACCCAGUACUGAAGACAUACGUGCAGCGAAGUCACCUGCCAGUGCACAACCACAGCAGCUACGGACACCGGAGGCUGGACCCAGUACUCAAGACAUACGUGCAGCGAAGUCACCUGCCAGUGCACAACCACAGCAGGUACGGACACCAGAGGCUGGACCCAGUACUGAAGACAUACGUGCAGCGAAGUCACCUGCCAGUGCACAACCACAGGAGGUACGGACACCGGAGGCUGGACCCAGUACUGAAGACAUACGUGCAGCGAAGUCACCUGCCAGUGCACAACCACAGCAGCUACGGACACCAGAGGCUGGACCCAGUACUGAAGACAUACGUGCAGCGAAGACACCUGCCAGUGCACAACCACAGCAGCUACGGACACCGGAGGCUGGACCCAGUACUGAAGACAUACGUGCAGCGAAGUCACCUGCUAGUGCACAACCACAGCAGCUACGGACACCGGAGGCUGGAGCCAGUACUGAAGACAUACGUGCAGCGAAGUCACCUGCCAGUGCACAACCACAGCAGGUACGGACACCGGAGGCUGGACCCAGUACUGAAGACAUACCGUCAGCGAAGUCACCUGCCAGUGCACAACCACAGCAGGUACGGACACCGGAGGCUGGACCCAGUACUGAAGACAUACGUGCAGCGAAGUCACCUGCCAGUGCACAACCACAGCAGGUACGGACACCGGAGGCUGGACCCAGUACUGAAGACAUACGUGCAGCGAAGUCACCUGCCAGUGCACAACCACAGCAGGUACGGACACCGGAGGCUGGACCCAGUACUGAAGACAUACGUGCAGCGAAGUCACCUGCCAGUGCACAACCACAGCAGGUACGGACACCGGAGGCUGGACCCAGUACUGAAGACAUACGUGCAGCGAAGUCACCUGUAAUAGCCAGUGCACAACCACAGCAGGUACGGACACCGGAGGCUGGACCCAGUACUGAAGACAUACGUGCAGCGAAGUCACCUGCCAGUGCACAACCACAGCAGGUACGGACACCGGAGGCUGGACCCAGUACUGAAGACAUACGUGCAGCGAAGUCACCUGCCAGUGCACAACCACAGCAGGUACAGACACCGGAGGCUGGACCCAGUACUGAAGACAUACGUGCAGCGAAGACACCUGCCAGUGCACAACCACAGCAGGUACGGACACCGGAGGCUGGACCCAGUACUGAAGACAUACGUGCAGCGAAGUCACCUGCCAGUGCACAACCACAGCAGGUACGGACACCGGAGGCUGGACCCAGUACUGAAGACAUACGUGCAGCGAAGUCACCUGCCAGUGCACAACCACAGCAGGUACGGACACCGGAGGCUGGACCCAGUACUGAAGACAUACGUGCAGCGAAGUCACCUGCCAGUGCACAACCACAGCAGGUACGGACACCGGAGGCUGGACCCAGUACUGAAGACAUACGUGCAGCGAAGUCACCUGCCAGUGCACAACCACAGCAGGUACGGACACCAGAGGCUGGACCCAGUACUGAAGACAUACGUGCAGCGAAGUCACCUGCCAGUGCACAACCACAGCAGGUACGGACACCGGAGGCUGGACCCAGUACUGAAGACAUACGUGCAGCGAAGUCACCUGCCAGUGCACAACCACAGCAGGUACGGACACCGGAGGCUGGACCCAGUACUGAAGACAUACGUGCAGCGAAGUCACCUGCCAGUGCACAACCACAGCAGGUACGGACACCGGAGGCUGGACCCAGUACUGAAGACAUACGUGCAGCGAAGUCACCUGCCAGUGCACAACCACAGCAGGUACGGACACCGGAGGCUGGACCCAGUACUGAAGACAUACGUGCAGCGAAGUCACCUGCCAGUGCACAACCACAGCAGGUACGGACACCGGAGGCUGGACCCAGUACUGAAGACAUACGUGCAGCGAAGUCACCUGCCAGUGCACAACCACAGCAGGUACGGACACCGGAGGCUGGACCCAGUACUGAAGACAUACGUGCAGCGAAGUCACCUGCCAGUGCACAACCACAGCAGGUACGGACACCGGAGGCUGGACCCAGUACUGAAGACAUACGUGCAGCGAAGUCACCUGCCAGUGCACAACCACAGCAGGUACGGACACCGGAGGCUGGACCCAGUACUGAAGACAUACGUGCAGCGAAGUCACCUGCCAGUGCACAACCACAGCAGGUACGGACACCGGAGGCUGGACCCAGUACUGAAGACAUACGUGCAGCGAAGUCACCUGCCAGUGCACAACCACAGCAGGUACGGACACCGGAGGCUGGACCCAGUACUGAAGACAUACGUGCAGCAAAGUCACCUGCCAGUGCACAACCACAGCAGGUACGGACACCGGAGGCUGGACCCAGUACUGAAGACAUACGUGCAGCGAAGUCACCUGCCAGUGCACAACCACAGCAGGUACGGACACCGGAGGCUGGACCCAGUACUGAAGACAUACGUGCAGCGAAGUCACCUGCCAGUGCACAACCACAGCAGGUACGGACACCGGAGGCUGGACCCAGUACUGAAGACAUACGUGCAGCGAAGUCACCUGCCAGUGCACAACCACAGCAGGUACGGACACCGGAGGCUGGACCCAGUACUGAAGACAUACGUGCAGCGAAGUCACCUGCCAGUGCACAACCACAGCAGGUACGGACACCGGAGGCUGGACCCAGUACUGAAGACAUACGUGCAGCGAAGACACCUGCCAGUGCACAACCACAGCAGGUACGGACACCGGAGGCUGGACCCAGUACUGAAGACAUACGUGCAGCAAAGUCACCUGCCAGUGCACAACCACAGCAGGUACGGACACCGGAGGCUGGACCCAGUACUGAAGACAUACGUGCAGCGAAGUCACCUGCCAGUGCACAACCACAGCAGGUACGGACACCGGAGGCUGGACCCAGUACUGAAGACAUACGUGCAGCGAAGUCACCUGCCAGUGCACAACCACAGCAGGUACGGACACCGGAGGCUGGACCCAGUACUGAAGACAUACGUGCAGCGAAGUCACCUGCCAGUGCACAACCACAGCAGGUACGGACACCGGAGGCUGGACCCAGUACUGAAGACAUACGUGCAGCGAAGUCACCUGCCAGUGCACAACCACAGCAGGUACGGACACCGGAGGCUGGACCCAGUACUGAAGACAUACGUGCAGCGAAGUCACCUGCCAGUGCACAACCACAGCAGGUACGGACACCGGAGGCUGGACCCAGUACUGAAGACAUACGUGCAGCGAAGUCACCUGCCAGUGCACAACCACAGCAGGUACGGACACCGGAGGCUGGACCCAGUACUGAAGACAUACGUGCAGCGAAGUCACCUGCCAGUGCACAACCACAGCAGGUACGGACACCGGAGGCUGGACCCAGUACUGAAGACAUACGUGCAGCGAAGUCACCUGCCAGUGCACAACCACAGCAGGUACGGACACCGGAGGCUGGACCCAGUACUGAAGACAUACGUGCAGUGAAGUCACCUGCCAGUGCACAACCACAGCAGGUACGGACACCGGAGGCUGGACCCAGUACUGAAGACAUACGUGCAGCGAAGUCACCUGCCAGUGCACAACCACAGCAGGUACGGACACCGGAGGCUGGACCCAGUACUGAAGACAUACGUGCAGCGAAGUCACCUGCCAGUGCACAACCACAGCAGGUACGGACACCGGAGGCUGGACCCAGUACUGAAGACAUACGUGCAGCGAAGUCACCUGCCAGUGCACAACCACAGCAGGUACGGACACCGGAGGCUGGACCCAGUACUGAAGACAUACGUGCAGCGAAGUCACCUGCCAGUGCACAACCACAGCAGGUACGGACACCGGAGGCUGGACCCAGUACUGAAGACAUACGUGCAGCGAAGUCACCUGCCAGUGCACAACCACAGCAGGUACGGACACCGGAGGCUGGACCCAGUACUGAAGACAUACGUGCAGCGAAGUCACCUGCCAGUGCACAACCACAGCAGGUACGGACACCGGAGGCUGGACCCAGUACUGAAGACAUACGUGCAGCGAAGUCACCUGCCAGUGCACAACCACAGCAGGUACGGACACCAAAGGCUGGACCCAGUACUGAAGACAUACGUGCAGCGAAGUCACCUGCCAGUGCACAACCACAGCAGGUACGGACACCGGAGGCUGGACCCAGUACUGAAGACAUACGUGCAGCGAAGUCACCUGCCAGUGCACAACCACAGCAGGUACGGACACCGGAGGCUGGACCCAGUACUGAAGACAUACGUGCAGCGAAGUCACCUGCCAGUGCACAACCACAGCAGGUACGGACACCGGAGGCUGGACCCAGUACUGAAGACAUACGUGCAGCGAAGUCACCUGCCAGUGCACAACCACAGCAGGUACGGACACCGGAGGCUGGACCCAGUACUGAAGACAUACGUGCAGCGAAGUCACCUGCCAGUGCACAACCACAGCAGGUACGGACACCGGAGGCUGGACCCAGUACUGAAGACAUACGUGCAGCAAAGUCACCUGCCAGUGCACAACCACAGCAGGUACGGACACCGGAGGCUGGACCCAGUACUGAAGACAUACGUGCAGCGAAGUCACCUGCCAGUGCACAACCACAGCAGGUACGGACACCGGAGGCUGGACCCAGUACUGAAGACAUACGUGCAGCGAAGUCACCUGCCAGUGCACAACCACAGCAGGUACGGACACCGGAGGCUGGACCCAGUACUGAAGACAUACGUGCAGCGAAGUCACCUGCCAGUGCACAACCACAGCAGGUACGGACACCGGAGGCUGGACCCAGUACUGAAGACAUACGUGCAGCGAAGUCACCUGCCAGUGCACAACCACAGCAGGUACGGACCCCGGAGGCUGGACCCAGUACUGAAGACAUACGUGCAGCGAAGUCACCUGCCAGUGCACAACCACAGCAGGUACGGACACCGGAGGCUGGACCCAGUACUGAAGACAUACGUGCAGCGAAGUCACCUGCCAGUGCACAACCACAGCAGGUACGGACACCGGAGGCUGGACCCAGUACUGAAGACAUACGUGCAGCGAAGUCACCUGCCAGUGCACAACCACAGCAGGUACGGACACCGGAGGCUGGACCCAGUACUGAAGACAUACGUGCAGCGAAGUCACCUGCCAGUGCACAACCACAGCAGCUACGGACACCAGAGGCUGGACCCAGUACUGAAGACAUACGUGCAGCGAAGACACCUGCCAGUGCACAACCACAGCAGGUACGGACACCGGAGGCUGGACCCAGUACUGAAGACAUACGUGCAGCAAAGUCACCUGCCAGUGCACAACCACAGCAGGUACGGACACCGGAGGCUGGACCCAGUACUGAAGACAUACGUGCAGCGAAGUCACCUGCCAGUGCACAACCACAGCAGGUACGGACACCGGAGGCUGGACCCAGUACUGAAGACAUACGUGCAGCGAAGUCACCUGCCAGUGCACAACCACAGCAGGUACGGACACCGGAGGCUGGACCCAGUACUGAAGACAUACGUGCAGCGAAGUCACCUGCCAGUGCACAACCACAGCAGGUACGGACACCUGAGGCUGGACCCAGUACUGAAGACAUACGUGCAGCGAAGUCACCUGCCAGUGCACAACCACAGCAGGUACGGACACCGGAGGCUGGACCCAGUACUGAAGACAUACGUGCAGCGAAGUCACCUGCCAGUGCACAACCACAGCAGGUACGGACACCGGAGGCUGGACCCAGUACUGAAGACAUACGUGCAGCGAAGUCACCUGCCAGUGCACAACCACAGCAGGUACGGACACCGGAGGCUGGACCCAGUACUGAAGACAUACGUGCAGCGAAGUCACCUGCCAGUGCACAACCACAGCAGGUACGGACACCGGAGGCUGGACCCAGUACUGAAGACAUACGUGCAGCGAAGUCACCUGCCAGUGCACAACCACAGCAGGUACGGACACCGGAGGCUGGACCCAGUACUGAAGACAUACGUGCAGCGAAGUCACCUGCCAGUGCACAACCACAGCAGGUACGGACACCGGAGGCUGGACCCAGUACUGAAGACAUACGUGCAGCGAAGUCACCUGCCAGUGCACAACCACAGCAGCUACGGACACCAGAGGCUGGACCCAGUACUGAAGACAUACGUGCAGCGAAGACACCUGCCAGUGCACAACCACAGCAGGUACGGACACCGGAGGCUGGACCCAGUACUGAAGACAUACGUGCAGCAAAGUCACCUGCCAGUGCACAACCACAGCAGGUACGGACACCGGAGGCUGGACCCAGUACUGAAGACAUACGUGCAGCGAAGUCACCUGCCAGUGCACAACCACAGCAGGUACGGACACCGGAGGCUGGACCCAGUACUGAAGACAUACGUGCAGCGAAGUCACCUGCCAGUGCACAACCACAGCAGGUACGGACACCGGAGGCUGGACCCAGUACUGAAGACAUACGUGCAGCGAAGUCACCUGCCAGUGCACAACCACAGCAGGUACGGACACCGGAGGCUGGACCCAGUACUGAAGACAUACGUGCAGCGAAGUCACCUGCCAGUGCACAACCACAGCAGGUACGGACACCGGAGGCUGGACCCAGUACUGAAGACAUACGUGCAGCGAAGUCACCUGCCAGUGCACAACCACAGCAGGUACGGACACCGGAGGCUGGACCCAGUACUGAAGACAUACGUGCAGCGAAGUCACCUGCCAGUGCACAACCACAGCAGGUACGGACACCGGAGGCUGGACCCAGUACUGAAGACAUACGUGCAGCGAAGUCACCUGCCAGUGCACAACCACAGCAGCUACGGACACCGGAGGCUGGACCCAGUACUGAAGACAUACGUGCAGCGAAGUCACCUGCCAGUGCACAACCACAGCAGGUACGGACACCGGAGGCUGGACCCAGUACUGAAGACAUACGUGCAGCGAAGUCACCUGCCAGUGCACAACCACAGCAGGUACGGACACCGGAGGCUGGACCCAGUACUGAAGACAUACGUGCAGCGAAGUCACCUGCCAGUGCACAACCACAGCAGGUACGGACACCGGAGGCUGGACCCAGUACUGAAGACAUACGUGCAGCGAAGUCACCUGCCAGUGCACAACCACAGCAGGUACGGACACCGGAGGCUGGACCCAGUACUGAAGACAUACGUGCAGCGAAGUCACCUGCCAGUGCACAACCACAGCAGGUACGGACACCGGAGGCUGGACCCAGUACUGAAGACAUACGUGCAGCGAAGUCACCUGCCAGUGCACAACCACAGCAGGUACGGACACCGGAGGCUGGACCCAGUACUGAAGACAUACGUGCAGCGAAGUCACCUGCCAGUGCACAACCACAGCAGGUACGGACACCGGAGGCUGGACCCAGUACUGAAGACAUACGUGCAGCGAAGUCACCUGCCAGUGCACAACCACAGCAGGUACGGACACCGGAGGCUGGACCCAGUACUGAAGACAUACGUGCAGCGAAGUCACCUGCCAGUGCACAACCACAGCAGGUACGGACACCGGAGGCUGGACCCAGUACUGAAGACAUACGUGCAGCGAAGUCACCUGCCAGUGCACAACCACAGCAGGUACGGACACCGGAGGCUGGACCCAGUACUGAAGACAUACGUGCAGCGAAGUCACCUGCCAGUGCACAACCACAGCAGGUACGGACACCGGAGGCUGGACCCAGUACUGAAGACAUACGAGCAGCGAAGUCACCUGCCAGUGCACAACCACAGCAGGUACGGACACCGGAGGCUGGACCCAGUACUGAAGACAUACGUGCAGCGAAGUCACCUGCCAGUGCACAACCACAGCAGGUACGGACACCGGAGGCUGGACCCAGUACUGAAGACAUACGUGCAGCGAAGUCACCUGCCAGUGCACAACCACAGCAGGUACGGACACCGGAGGCUGGACCCAGUACUGAAGACAUACGUGCAGCGAAGUCACCUGCCAGUGCACAACCACAGCAGGUACGGACACCGGAGGUUGGACCCAGUACUGAAGACAUACGUGCAGCGAAGUCACCUGCCAGUGCACAACCACAGCAGGUACGGACACCGGAGGCUGGACCCAGUACUGAAGACAUACGUGCAGCGAAGUCACCUGCCAGUGCACAACCACAGCAGGUACGGACACCGGAGGCUGGACCCAGUACUGAAGACAUACGUGCAGCGAAGUCACCUGCCAGUGCACAACCACAGCAGGUACGGACACCGGAGGCUGGACCCAGUACUGAAGACAUACGUGCAGCGAAGUCACCUGCCAGUGCACAACCACAGCAGGUACGGACACCGGAGGCUGGACCCAGUACUGAAGACAUACGUGCAGCGAAGUCACCUGCCAGUGCACAACCACAGCAGGUACGGACACCGGAGGCUGGACCCAGUACUGAAGACAUACGUGCAGCGAAGUCACCUGCCAGUGCACAACCACAGCAGGUACGGACAACGGAGGCUGGACCCAGUACUGAAGACAUACGUGCAGCGAAGUCACCUGCCAGUGCACAACCACAGCAGGUACGGACACCGGAGGCUGGACCCAGUACUGAAGACAUACGUGCAGCGAAGUCACCUGCCAGUGCACAACCACAGCAGGUACGGACACCGGAGGCUGGACCCAGUACUGAAGACAUACGUGCAGCGAAGUCACCUGCCAGUGCACAACCACAGCAGGUACGGACACCGGAGGCUGGACCCAGUACUGAAGACAUACGUGCAGCGAAGUCACCUGCCAGUGCACAACCACAGCAGGUACGGACACCGGAGGCUGGACCCAGUACUGAAGACAUACGUGCAGCGAAGUCACCUGCCAGUGCACAACCACAGCAGGUACGGACACCGGAGGCUGGACCCAGUACUGAAGACAUACGUGCAGCGAAGUCACCUGCCAGUGCACAACCACAGCAGGUACGGACACCGGAGGCUGGACCCAGUACUGAAGACAUACGUGCAGCGAAGUCACCUGCCAGUGCACAACCACAGCAGGUACGGACACCGGAGGCUGGACCCAGUACUGAAGACAUACGUGCAGCGAAGUCACCUGCCAGUGCACAACCACAGCAGGUACGGACACCGGAGGCUGGACCCAGUACUGAAGACAUACGUGCAGCGAAGUCACCUGCCAGUGCACAACCACAGCAGGUACGGACACCGGAGGCUGGACCCAGUACUGAAGACAUACGUGCAGCGAAGUCACCUGCUGCUCAACCACAGCUGCUCAACCACAGCUGCUCAACCACAGCUGCUCAACCACAGCUGCUCAACCACAGCUGCUCAACCACAGCUGCUCAACCACAGCUGCUCAACCACAGCUGCUCAACCACAGCUGCUCACAACACGGAAAAAAUUUGA